AGCAAUCUCCCGGGCAGGCCUGCAGCACCUGGCUCCUGCACAUCCCCUCAGCCUUCCUGUGGCAAAUGGUCCAGCGAAGGAGCCCAGAGCGACUCUGGACUGGAGUGAGAAUGCCGUGAACGGAGAGCACCUGUGGCUGGAGACCAACGUCUCAGGAGACCUGUGUUACCUGGGAGAGGAGAACUGCCAAGUCAGAUUUGCAAAAUCGGCCCUGAGGAGGAAGUGUGCGGUCUGUAAAAUCGUCGUCCACACCGCCUGCAUUGAACAGCUAGAAAAGAUUAAUUUCAGAUGUAAACCAACAUUUCGAGAAGGGGGCUCAAGAUCGCCAAGAGAAAACUUUGUGCGUCAUCACUGGGUACACAGGCGUCGACAGGAGGGAAAAUGUAAGCAGUGUGGUAAGGGCUUCCAGCAAAAAUUCUCCUUCCACAGUAAAGAGAUUGUGGCUAUCAGCUGUUCCUGGUGCAAGCAGGCGUUUCACAAUAAGGUGACCUGCUUCAUGCUGCAUCAAAUUGAGGAACCCUGCUCCCUGGGGGCUCACGCUGCUGUUAUUGUCCCGCCCACCUGGAUCAUUAAGGUGAAGAAACCUCAGGUGAUCUCCAUUGCAGGAGAUGAACUUGAACUUGGUUGGGCGGGAGACGGACCUGGUUGGGCGGGAGACUGGAGCCCCUCAGAGAAUUUGGGAUUCUUCCAUUUUUACUGGGAGGGUUGGCAGAACUCACUGAAGGCUUCAAACCGGAAGAAGAAGAGGACAAGCUUUAAAAGAAAAGCCAGUAAAAGAGGGACUGAACAGGAAAACAAAGGUCGUCCUUUUGUGAUAAAACCUAUCUCUUCUCCUCUCAUGAAACCCUUGCUUGUGUUUGUGAACCCCAAGAGUGGAGGCAACCAGGGAACCAAAGUCCUGCAGAUGUUCAUGUGGUACCUGAAUCCACGGCAGGUGUUUGAUCUUUCUCAGGAAGGGCCCAAAGAUGCGCUUGAGUUGUAUAGGAAAGUACCAAAUCUGCGAAUUCUGGCCUGUGGUGGGGAUGGAACGGUGGGCUGGAUCCUUUCUAUUCUGGAUGAACUGCAGCUGAGCCCUCAGCCUCCCGUCGGGGUCCUUCCUCUGGGGACUGGGAACGACCUGGCUCGAACUCUCAACUGGGGAGGGGGCUACACUGAUGAACCUGUCUCUAAGAUCCUUUGCCAAGUAGAAGAUGGGACAAUUGUACAGCUAGAUCGCUGGAACCUCCAUGUGGAAAGAAACCCAGACUUGCCUCCAGAAGAACUUGAAGAUGGCGUCUGUAAGCUUCCUCUGAAUGUUUUCAAUAAUUACUUCAGCCUUGGAUUUGAUGCCCACGUCACACUGGAGUUCCAUGAAUCCAGAGAAGCAAAUCCAGAGAAAUUCAACAGUCGUUUUCGAAAUAAAAUGUUCUAUGCAGGAGCGGCUUUUUCUGAUUUCCUACAGAGAAGUUCUAGAGAUCUAUCCAAACAUGUUAAAGUUGUUUGUGAUGGAACAGAUCUCACUCCAAAGAUUCAGGAACUGAAGUUCCAGUGUAUAGUAUUUUUAAAUAUACCCAGAUAUUGUGCUGGCACAAUGCCCUGGGGGAACCCAGGAGAUCACCAUGAUUUUGAACCUCAGCGCCAUGAUGAUGGUUAUAUUGAAGUCAUUGGGUUCACUAUGGCCUCUUUGGCUGCCCUGCAAGUUGGGGGCCACGGGGAAAGGCUACACCAGUGUCGGGAGGUCAUGCUGCUCACUUACAAAUCCAUCCCCAUGCAAGUGGAUGGGGAGCCCUGUAGGUUGGCCCCAGCUAUGAUUCGGAUCUCCUUGAGGAAUCAAGCCAACAUGGUACAGAAGAGCAAGAGGAGAACAUCCAUGCCUUUACUCAAUGACAUCCAUCAGGUGGCAGCUGCUGACCUGCGGAGAGUGUCUGCUCCCCCGGGCUCCUUCACCACAUACUUAGCUUUUGUUCUGGUUCAGGUACUGGUUCAGGUGCUUGACAUGAACUGCUUAACUAAUGACUCCCCCAACAGCCCUAUAGCACAUGUGCUGUUAUCUCCAGCCGUGGUCUUGUGGGGAAUCUGA